AAUGAUGCAGUCGAGGGAGGAGAGGAGAGCUGAGUCACCAUCAUCAGGUCUCGUCCUCACCACCGAUCCUAAGCCUCGCCUUCGCUGGACAGCAGAGCUUCAUGAACGUUUUGUUGACGCCGUCUCUCAUCUUGGAGGCCCUGACAAGGCUACACCAAAGACGAUAAUGAGAGUGAUGGGUGUCAAGGGUCUCACGCUUUAUCAUCUCAAGAGCCAUCUCCAGAAGUUCAGGCUUGGAAAGCAGCCUCACAAGGAGCAUAAUCAAAAUCACUCCAUUAACAUUAGGGAUACUACUAAUAGAGCUUCCAUGUUGGAUCUUCAAAGGAAUGUUGUAUUCACUACUCCUCACAUCAUUGGUCGCAAUGUGAACGAGAUGCAAAUGGAAGUGCAAAGAAGGAUAGAGGAAGAGGUAGAAGUAGAAAGACAGGUGAAUCAAAGGAUAGAAGCACAAGGGAAAUACAUGGAGAGCAUGUUAGAGAAAGCAUGUGAAACCCAAGAAGCAAGCCUCACCAAAGACUACUCUACUCUCUUUUUCGACCGAGCCACUAUUUGCAACACCACGACGUCCCUCCCAAUCCCAUGGUUCGAGGAUCAUUUUCCCUCAUCUUCCUCUAUGGAUUUGCAUCUCCCUGACAUCAAUUCCAACUUCUCUCUGCAAGAUUCUCGGAGUUCCAUCUCCAAGAACCGCACCGUUUGUCUCGGU